UGCUUGUAAACAACUAUCAUGACAUCAUGUCAAAAGUCAGAAAAUGGCAGUGAGAGAGAAAGGCCUUGGGAUUGGGAGCACCGUGUCUCUCCAGGGUGGAGAGUUCAUACCCAGGGAGUACCACAGGAGAAUACUCAAGAAAAUUGCUCAGCUCACCAAGGUGAUUUACAGCCUAAACACAAAAAUAGAUGAAAAUGAUAGCUUUGUGGCUAGUUUGAGAGCCAUUCACGAGACUGAAAACAGACGUGUUCUGGAAGACAGCUCAACCCAGUUGAAGAGAUGUGAGGAGGUGUUUGAGAGAAAACAAGAGUCGACACAGAGACAGUUGGAAAAGCUCAGUCAAGCUUUGGAGAAUAUCCGAGGAGAAAGAGAUCAACUCUUCGAUAAGCAAGUAUCAUACCGGAAAGAAGUUGAAGGCCAACUCUCUACUCUAAAGUCUGAGCACACAACCAAGGUGCAGUCUCUCAUUACUCAGCUGGAAAAGUUUCGAAGUGAGCAAACAAAACAACUGAAACAGAUUGGUGAUUUGCGUACCAAGAUGUUGAAGCAAGCAUCUGAAGAGAUGAAAGUAUUGAGACUACAACAUGAAGAAGAAUUAGCUAAAGUUAGACAAGACGGUCAAUUACUAACUCAAACACUUAAUAAUGAAAUAUCGUUUCUGAAAUCACAACAUGCUGCCGAGAUUGACUCAUUGACAAAGAAAUUUCAAUCCCAACUUGAUGCACAAAGUAAAUCUCUUACGAGUGCACAGAAAGAUCUCAUUUCUCAUGAACGACAGGCAUACAAAGAAAAGGAACGGCACCUAAAUGCUACCUGCAUUGAAAAAGAGGAACUUCUGAAGCAGCAAAUAUCUAACCUUUCAAAAGAGUUGAGAACUUCUAACGACAAGCUUGCCUUGGCUGAGCAAAGGAUACGAGAUAUGGAAGCACACUUUGAAGAAAGCAGAGCUGGUUCUGGUACUCUUAAAGCACUGCUAGAGAAGUCUGAGGCGGACAUUGAGUGCUUGCGUGGGACAGUCAACAGUCUUCAAACCGAUCUCGACAUUGCUAGGGAGAAGUACAACCAACAGACCGUGGAACUUCAAACUACUUCAGGCACUAUUGCCAAGCUUGAAGCUGCUCGUGUUUCCAACGAGAGUAUCAUUGCGACCUUGAGGUUUGAGUUGGCCAGUGUACAGGACAAGCUAAAAAUAUUGCAGGAAGAGAGGAAGGGAAUGAAAAACUCUCAGCUGAGCCUCAACGAGAAUCAAACAGCCAGGAUUACAACAUUAGAGAGGGAGCUUGGUAAAGUAAGGGCUGAGAAGCAAGAGCUUCAUGCUCAGUUUGCUCGAGAGAUUGAGGCAGCCCACGCUCAGCUGAGUCACAGGGAGACAGAAUUAGAGCAGCAGCACUUCACUGUACUGAGAGAUCUCAGAGACAAGCAUAGCAAAGUGCUUGGUGAUGUUGAAGAGGACAAGAGAUUGUCUCUGGAUACUCUCAAACUGCAUCUCCUCUCACAGAAAGAUCAAGAGUUGCAACAACUCCACGAUCUCCACUCAUCCAAAAUCUCCGAACUCAAAGCAGAGCUAGCGAACAAGAGCUCAGAUUUGGAACAAGCACUUAAGGAACUCAAUUCCCUCAAGGAUAAGCUACGCCAAGAAGAACAAGGACUUGGCUCGGCUACUUCAACCAUAGAUGAACUUAGGUCAAACUUAACGCAAUGUCAAUCUACUCUCCUUGCCUCACAAAGAGAGUGUGCAGAUGUGAAGACCGACAAUGCUCAACUCAAGUCGACCAUAGAGUCCCUACAGAGGCAGCAGGUGGAGACUGAGAGAGCUCAUUGGGAGGAACUGAGGAGGACUAGGACUGACCUCACUGCCCAACUAGAGGCUGCUUGGAAAGAGAGAGUCAAACAUGAGACAACCAGCCUUCGCUCGGAAUUGUCCCAGAGGCACAGCGAGGAGCAGAGAGUGGCCCUGAGGGAACUGGCUGGGCUCCAGGACACAGCUCUCAAGCAGGCACAAGAGAGAUGGGAGGGAGAGAGAAGAAAACUAUUCGAUCAGAUAGCGUCUCUGGAGUGUGAGUUGGAGCACCUCCAACGGAAAGCCAGCGCCUCAUUAGAGGAAGCCAAAACAUCCUCUGACAGUCAGGUGACCUCACUAAGAAAAGAGCUGGAGAAUGAGAUUCUCAAGCACAAAGAAACUCUGGCCAGAGUACAGAAGAGCCACUUACAACAAAUUCAGUCACUUCAGUCUCAGUACAACCUAGAAAAAAGCGCUCUAACCUCGCAGCUCAGAGAUCAGCACAGCCAAGAGUGUUUGGCACUACAACAGGCCAACCAGCUUGCUGUCAACUCACUCAGGGAGAAAAUGGAGUCAGAGAAAAGGGAUUUGUUAGCUCUAACAAAUGAUGAUCAUAUGGAGCAGAGGAGACUGCUGGAGGAGAGGCUACGUGAGCAGUUUAGUGGGGAUAUGGCUCAUGUACAGGGCGAGCAUCUGGCUGAGAUUGAGCAAUUCAGGCAGCAGAUUGGGAGUGUGGUGUCGCAGAGUCAACAGCAGAUGCAAACCCAGGAGAGGAUUACUGACAGUCUCCGUAAAGAGAUAGAGAGUCGAGCCUCGGAGCUGAGCGUGCUCAGAGAGAAGGGCAACUCUCUCACAGUGGCCAUUGCUGAUCUCAGGAAGCAGCUUACUGUGAGGGAACAAGAGCUGCAGCUGGCAAAGAGGGAAGCCAAGAGCACUCUAAGGAUACGUGAGCAGCAAUUGAUAGCGACCUAUCACGCUGAACUAGAGUCCAUCAAUGCCCAGCACAGACACAAAGCACAGCAACUGCUGACCGAUUUUAACAAGGCCAAAACCCUACUGACCUCAAAGAUUCACGAGUUGGAGAGGCAGUUGAGUGAUUGGGAGCAGCGUUAUAAGACGAGGGAUUCAAAACCUGAGGACGUGGAGGCCAUAAUAGAGCUGAGAAUGAUUGUCGGACAACAGCAACAAAAAAUGAAGGACCUUGUGGCUGAGAAGAGAGUGUACCAGCUGGAAUUGAUGAACAGAGAAAAGAACUAUAACAAACUGUUCAACGUCAACCCUCAAGUUGGAGUACUGAAUCCUCUACAGCUCAAGCAAAAGAAGACCAGUGUAGUUCGACCUGAGUCUCACAAGUAUGCGAGUGCCCCGUCCCUGCUAGCCCCCCUCAGUCCAGAGCCUCCUCAACUCAACCCCAUCCCACACUCACUCAAACUGUCAGCCCUUCCUAGCGACAGCGGGCUUACCUCAUCAGGCAGUCAACUCUCAAAGAAGACCCUUGCCUCUCAAUCCUCAUUGGAGGCAAAGCCACAGAAAUUUGUCAUGUUAAGAGAUUCACCGCUCACUCAGAAAAGAGAAAGUAAGCAAGCGAAGACUAGCCGGAAAAUAAUUAACAGUCACAGUGGACCAUUGCAGCCAGUAGAAACUCAAUCACAGACAACUAUUAGCUCUCAAAAACAAACAAUGACUGUUCAGUAAUAGCAUGCUCCAUGAUUUGAUAAGCCAUUGCUAUGUUGUUGCUAUGCAAUUGCAAAUGCACACUAAACAAAGUCAAA